GCCGAGGCUGCUGCGCUGGCGGCCGUGCGCGCGGAGCGCGAGGAGGACCUCGCCCGCGCGGCCUCCGCGGAGCAGCGCCUCCUCGGCGCCGCGCGCGAGGAGUUCCGCGAGCGGCGCGAGGAGCAGGUGGCCGAGGUGGUGGCGCGCCUCGAGCUGGACCACUUCCGGCGGUCCGAGCUGCUCGCCCGGGAGGCCGAGCAGCGGCGGCGUUGGGAGGCGCAGGCCGAGGAGUCGCGCCAGAGGCUGGCCGAGCUCUGGGCCGCACCGUCGCCGGAGGAGCGCGAAGGACUCGCCCUGCGCCUGGCCGACGCGGAGGCCCGCCUGGGCGCCGCGGAGGCGCGAGCGGCGGCCGCCGCGGCCGACGAGGCGUCGCGGCUCGAGGUGGUCGAGGGGCGCGUGCUGCGCGCGCUGCGGCUCAAGGACGGCCUCGUCGGGGAGCUGAG